AUAUUUAUUUGUGUUUUUAUGUAUACUUAUAUUUUACAAAAUGCUAAACACGUUAAAGUAAGCGAUUAAAUCUUUUCACGAGUUUACAUUAGGGUAGGGCCGGCAGUUCCGCUUCAGCUCCGCCAUCUCACACACACACACACACACACACAAACACACACUGAGGUUACUGUGUGAAGCUCUGUGACUGUGUGAGUGAGUGUGUGUGUGUGUGAGAGAGUGAGUGUGUGUGUGUGUGAUGUGUGAUAACGGAGAGUUGGAGGACAAACCCCCCGCCCCCCCAGUCAGGAUGAGCAGCAGUAGUAAAGACGGCGUCCCCAAACCGCUGCCUUCUGUCCCCGAGGAGAAAAAAACACGCAAAGGGAUCUACUCCAUCUUCUCUGCUGAGAAAGCAGGGAAGCGUAAAGAUAAGGAUAAGGAGAGGCCGGAGAUUUCGCAUCCCUCAGACUUUGAGCACACGAUUCACGUCGGGUUUGAUGCCGUGACGGGCGAGUUCACUGGAAUGCCAGAGCAAUGGGCGCGGCUCCUCCAGACCUCCAACAUCACCAAGUCGGAGCAGAAGAAGAACCCACAGGCCGUCCUCGAUGUGCUCAAGUUCUACGACUCAACCGGAAAUGGGAAGCAGAAAUACCUCAGCUUCACAGAUAAAGAUGUUCCCCAGGUGAAGAAGGGGUCAGAGCCGGUACCUGGUGGUGUUAAAGAUGAUUUAGAUGAUGAUGAUGAUGAAGCCCCACCCCCUGUGGUGGCUCCUCGACCUGAACACACCAAAUCAGUUCUCACUCGUCCGUCGAUGAUUGACCCUCUUCCUCCUCCAGACGCCAAAUCUGCAGAUAAACAGAAGAAAGGAAAAGGAAAGAUGACGGAUGAGGAGAUCAUGGAGAAACUAAGGACAAUAGUGAGCAUCGGAGACCCGAAGAAGAAAUAUACACGAUAUGAGAAAAUUGGACAGGGUGCAUCCGGUACUGUGUUUACUGCUAUUGAUGUUGCUACAGGACAGGAGGUGGCUAUAAAGCAGAUUAACUUGCAGAAGCAGCCGAAGAAGGAGCUUAUCAUUAAUGAGAUCCUGGUGAUGAAAGAGCUGAAGAACCCUAACAUCGUCAACUUCUUAGACAGUUUCCUGGUGGGGGAGGAGUUGUUUGUGGUAAUGGAGUAUUUAGCUGGUGGUUCUCUGACUGACGUCGUUACAGAGACAUGUAUGGAUGAAGCGCAGAUCGCUGCUGUGUGCCGAGAGUGUCUGCAGGCGCUCGAAUUCCUGCAUGCUAAUCAGGUGAUUCACCGAGACAUAAAGAGUGACAACGUGCUGCUGGGCAUGGACGGCUCUGUUAAACUCACGGAUUUCGGGUUCUGCGCUCAGAUCACCCCGGAGCAGAGUAAGCGCAGUACGAUGGUGGGAACGCCGUAUUGGAUGGCCCCUGAGGUGGUGACCCGUAAAGCGUACGGACCCAAAGUGGACAUCUGGUCUCUGGGCAUCAUGGCUAUAGAGAUGGUGGAGGGAGAACCACCAUACCUCAACGAGAACCCACUGAGGGCUCUGUAUCUCAUCGCCACUAACGGAACUCCGGAGCUGCAGAACCCUGAGAAACUGUCUCCCAUCUUCAGAGAUUUCCUCAACCACUGUCUGGAGAUGGACGUGGAGAAGAGAUGGAGCGGCAAAGAGCUGCUGCAGCACUCGUUCCUGAAGCUAGCGAAGCCUCUGUCCAGUCUCACCCCCCUCAUCCUUGCCGCCAAGGAGGCCAUGAAGAGUAGCCGCUAACCCCGGACAUGCCCCGCCCGCCUACUGGGUGUGGGUUUGUGUGUGUGUGUGUGUGUGUGUGUGUGUGUGUUUUAUCGUAUAUAUGCAAUCAACCAAACCGCUGCAUGGUCAGAUGUGGACGUGUCCUCGCACAAAUCUGAUUAUUUUAUUAUUAUUAAAGUUAUUAGACAGACACAGCAGUGUGUGUGUGUGAGUGUGGAGCUGCAGGGCCUCUGAGUUACUUUGGCAACUUUACGCUACCAGCAGAGGAAGAGGGGAGAAAUGCAGUAAAUUUUCUGACAGUGAACCACGCUAAUGGCUAAAUACCACCGGAUAAUCACUAAUAAACACAACGGUCACCGCGACAAGCACAUGAGGCUAGAAAUGAGGUUUUAACUUGUAGAGCAGCUGCAGCCAAACAGGGGGCGCUUUCCUGAAGAGUCACUUUAUAGUGAUAUUACUGAACAUGUGAACGAGUGCAAAACUGCGAACACGGUUAAGUCUGAAUAAAAAUAAAACAUUCUGAAGGGAAAUCAUUCAUUGAACUCUUCAGUUCUGCUCCAUUGAGCUCUUCAGUUCUUCUCAGGAGGGGUGGUGAGAAAGUCAAACACCGUCCCUCACUCCUAUUGGUUGGCAUAAAUUUUUCCUAAAGUAAAACAUCUCGAAACUUUUUGCUGGCCCCAUUUCGUAUAACAUUUGCGUAAAGGUAAACUCUCUUAUCUUUACACCUUUUUUCCUGGUUUGCCGGCCCCACCCACUUUACAUCACCAGCAUUGGCUCCGCAUCCUGUCACUGUAAACAUCCCAGGGUUAAUAGAACAGCAUUACUGCGCUGAAGUGCCAGCUGAUGUUGGGUGCGGUUGCCAUAGAAACGUACCAGGAUGAGACCUAGGGGUGUAAACUUUACUGGAAAUGAAAGUCUGUCAGUGUGAGCGGUUCUUUAAGGUUCUAGAAUCUUCUGAUCAGAACCAGAAGUGCAGCCAGGACUGUGUGUGUGUGUGUGUGUGUGUGUGUGUGCGUGCGUGUGUGUGCGUGUGUGAUUGUGUGAGCGCGCGUGUGCGUGUUUGUGUGUGCUAGUGUCUUUCCAAUUUCCAAACAAAAAGAUUUUUCUUUCAGUAUUCCACAAACUGUAAGAUUUAUAAAUCUACACAGUAAUAAAUCUUGUAUUUUAUCAUAAUUUUUUUGUUUUUCAUCAUCAUCGUUGUUGCCUUGGUUACAUCAGACACCACCUGAGUGUCUGUGUCAUCCUUAAUAAUUCUCUUUGUUUUUUUAAUCUUUCUUUUUUCCCUAUUUCUAUGGAAGUGCUUAUUAUUAUUAUUAUUAUUGUUAUUAUUAUUAUUAUUGAGAACAUUCUAGAGCUUCACCUUUCACAUGUCCCAUGUGGGCUUCCAUAGCACGAUGUCUUCUUUAACACUGCUGUAUCUCUGCGGAGGAGGUUUUGGAUUUUUGUUUUCCUUUUUUUUUAUUUUAAUUUCUUUUCCUGUAAUGUCUGUGUGAUCAUGUGUUAGGAAUCUAAUAAAUGUAAGAAAUGGUUUUGUAUAUGAUGUAUUUCCAUUAGCACAACAGGAAUCAGGAAGUUUUUGUCUCUGACUUUGUUUAUUUUUUUUUUAUAUUUAUGUACAUGUAUAACAAUAUUUUAUAUUGUACAUGUAUAACUAUAUUUUAUAUUUUUCAACUAACAAUCUGAUAACUGCAAAUUAAACCUCUUUAACUGUUGCCUUAAAAAUGAAUAAAUUUUGUGAAAUCUAA